AUGCCCCUUUUAGAGGCCCCUCAAGAUCUUAGUGAAUCUUCACCAGAAGUAUCUAUUAAUCAAGAUGUCCCAGCAGUACAAAGACAAGAACAAAUACCAGUUUUACCAGUGGCAGCAGCACAAGUACGUCAGCCUUUAGCGGAGCCGCAGCAUAUACAAGUUAGUGCAGAAGUUUUACAGUUAAACAAUAGAAAUCGUGAGAGAAAUUUUCGUAUAUUGGGCUCUUUCGAUCGUGAUAUAAUAGAAGCAGAGGAAGAAAACCAUUUCCCAGCUUAUGUACACUUAUUGCCGGCGGUAUUACCGCCACAAGCUCCAGAGCCAACAUUAGAUGAAUUGCUGAGACGUGUUACCUCACGUUCGGAUUUGCACAAUGUAGAAACUGUCCGGUUACGUGUCAUCUCCUAUACCUUGAGUUUAUCACAUUUGGCUAUGUUCUUGCCACGUUUGCAACAUUUAGAUCUUAGUGGAUCGGUAUUAUGCUCCUUACGCGAUUUAGGCUAUGGUUUGGUACAUUUAAGUCAUUUAAAUGUCAGCAAUUGUGGUCUUAACAGUUUCGAUGGUACUAGUGGUUUUCCAGCUCUACGAGUGCUCAUCGCCGACGACAAUAUGAUACAACGUAUAAAUACUCUGACAGAUUUAAUGUUGUUGCAACAUUUGAGUGUACGUAACAAUCGGAUAAGUGAAUUAAGUAUGUUGACAUUUCUGGGAUUAUGUGGAAACUUGAUGGAAUUACAUUUGCAAGGAAAUCCAGUACGUCAUCAACCUUUCUAUCGUGAGACAUUACAACGUAGUAUACCCUCACUGCAAGUGUUGGAUGGUGUGAUGUUGCAGCAUGAUGCCGUCAAUGAGGAUAUAACUACGAAUAACAUGCCAUCUCUAGAAAGUGAUGAUGUUUCCUCAUUAUCCUCAGCCUCAAGUUCUAUUAAGUUAGAUCUUCCAGAUAGGGAUCAACGUCCUGCGACAGCACCCACAAGAAACUGUGACAAUCAUAAUAAUGCUUCAGGACAACAAAGACCAAAUUCAGUUUCAGUUGCCUCUCGCUCCAACUCCUUGUCUUCAGGUUCUCCUGUUAUAGGUUCUGUUGUUGCUUUGGCUCGUCAAAGGCUCCAUCGUAAACGUCAUAUGGCUAAUGCUUGGGCUUCUUCGGAUAGCUCUACGUAUUCAACAGCAUCCUCUAAUAGUUCUACACGUCCACCUUCUUCCGUUUCAUCGAAUGGUAGUUACGAUUGUAUAUCUGCCACUCAAGCAAAUGGAAAAUGAGAUUUUCUUAAAAUAUUUUGUAUGUUUGUAUAAGUUUAGAAUUUCGAGUUAUUCAAUAACAUUAUACUAAGUAGUCAUUAA